GUGAGUGAGUCAUUUGAUGUAAUGAGUUAAAACAUAUUGAACUAUAAACAGUUGUUAGAUGAUCUGUGUUGAACCUGUGUGUGGUUCAGAAAGUUCCUAGGAUAAACAGGGCUCCUUGCCACAUGUGUUAUGUGGUGCAAGAGGUCCCCAGAAUAGUGAAGUUGUGGGGCAGGCAGACCUGCAAAAUCAUGCCAAAGUCGAUGACCUGCUGUGUGUGGCUGUUUUUUUAUUCUCUCCUUGCUUAACAAGGUUUGCUCAUCUGGAGAACACUUGAGGUAGAUGCAAUUGCUAUGGUCAUCCCUUUGGUCACUAUUGUGUCCCAACCUCAGGGGCAGUGAAUGGGGUGCCUGAUGUGUUUUUUGUUCCUAUUAAGAUUUUCAGAAAGAACCUUGCAAGGGGCUCAGAGCUUUGUGCUGGCCAUUGAGGAGAUCAACAGAGACACCAGUCUGCUUCCCAACCUCACCCUGGGGUUCUCCCUUCGGGACUCCAAGGACAUGGAGUCUGUUGGUCUUCAGGAGACGAUAUACCUGGUCUCAGGUCACAAGCACCCCAUUCCUAACUAUAACUGCUGGGCCAGCCCUUCUCUGGCAGCAGUGAUUGGAGUGACACGGUCGGCUCUCUCCAUCCCAAUGGCAAGAUAUCUGGGACUUUACAAAAUCCCCCAGGUGAGUUAUGCAUCCAGUGCAAUCACACUCAGUGACAAGACCCAGUUUCCAUCCUUCUUCCGGACUAUUGCCAGUGAUCAAGCCUACUUCAUGAGCCUGAGCAUGGUUCUGACCCACUUUGGAUGGAAAUGGCUGGGUUUGGUAGCCCAGGACGAUGACUAUGGCCAGCAGGGGGGUAACUUGAUCAGUGCAGAGUUGUCAAAAGUCAAGGUGUGCCUUGAGUUCAGUGUGACAUUUCCCACAUACCCAUCCAAUGUGCAAAUUGCAAACACCAUGAGGGUGUUGAUGGGAUCCACUACCAAGGUCAUCAUGGUAUUUAUAACCAGUAGGAUCUUCUGCCUGAUGUUACAGACUUUCUCAGAACAUUAUGUGGCAGGGAAGCUCUGGGUUAGCCAGUUUACUGAGCAGAGUGAUCAUAGCAUCACCACACCUAACACCUUUCAGAUUCUGCAGAAGACGUUCAGUUUUAUAGACCACGACAUGAUGGAAGAGCUUUCUUCAUGCUUCAAUCUCAGUCAACCAACAAGCACCCAGGAAGACAUGUUCUUAGGCAGGUUUUGGAACAGCAAUUUCAAAUGUGAGUGGGCAACCAGUUGGGCAUUACUAAGAAAGAUGAAGAAAAUUCAGUUUUGUGCAGGAGCAAGUCAGAAGAGUACAAACAUCCCUUUCUUGACAUUGAGUCAUGUGGGCAUGUUCUUUAACACCUAUGAGGCUGUGUACAGCGUGGCACAUGCACUUCAUGCCAUGAAACUGGAUGGUGACCUCUUGAGGACAAUGAGUCCUACUGAGGUUCAGAGAUCCCAUCAGCCCUGGAAGCUCCUGCCAUACUUUAGGAAAGUCCACUUUACAACUUCUCAUGGAAAAGAAAUUCUCUUUGAUGCCAAUGGAGAUAUACCAACUAAGUAUGAAGUUCUUUAUGGAAAAGAGCUUCCAGAACAUUCCUUUCAGCUUGUGAAUAUUGGCCGUGUUUAUAUCAGUACCUUAGGAAAGACAAGGAUAGUCAUCAACCAGAGUGCCCUUGGGGGCCUGAGAGGGCUGAUGCAGCUUCCUCGCUCCGUUUGCAGUGAGAGCUGCCCUCCUGGGUCCAGCCUGGUCCCACGGCAAGGCUGGCCUCACUGCUGCUUUGAGUGCAGCCCCUGCCCAGAGGGACACUUUGCUGAUAGAACAGAUAUGGAACAGUGUACACUCUGCCCUGAAGGCCACUACCCAGACAAGAAAAGGGAGCACUGCUUUCCCAAAGAGGAGGCCUUCCUGGCCUUUGAUGAGCCCUUAGGUCUGGCUCUGGCAUGUGUGGCCUUGUCCCUGUCAGCCCUCUCGGUGCUGGUCCUUGUUGUGUUUGUGUGGCACCGGGACACCCACAUAGUGAAGGCCAACAACCGGACCCUGAGCUACACCCUCCUGGUGUCCCUCAUGCUCUGCUUCCUCUGCUCCUUGUUAUUCCUCGGCCGCCCCUCCCUGCCACCUGCCUCCUCCGACAGGUCACAUUUGCACUUGGGUUCACUGUGGCUGUGUCCUCUGUUUUGGCCAAGAUGCUCACUAUGGUCAUGGCCUUCCAAAUGACAAGGCCA